AUGGCGAUCGAAAUCGUUGAUUUGACCGAGGCCGAUAUCCCCGGUGCGAUCCAAGUCAUCCAGCAGGCCUUCGCAGACGAUCCGUAUUUCAAGUGGGUGUUCGAUGCGGAGACGAUCUGGGAGAGCCCUGCACAGUUCAACAAGCAACGAAACCAUGACUCGCUCGCUGCUCGCUGCCGAUGGGGCAUCAACAACGCAAUUUUCCAGGUAGCCAAAGAGACCGCGGAAAAGGACUCUUCAGAGUCAUUCCCUAUCCUCGGAGUCUCCUGUUGGAUGGCACCGCAUGACGCAUCGCAGCCAGAGAGCUGGUAUGCGUGGUACCAAGGCUGGGUACUUUCCUUCGGCCAGUUUCUCAACAACGUGCGAUAUCUCGGCCAUGGCGGGCUACGCACGAACCGAUAUUGGAUCUGGAAGGAGCGCCAGCAAGAAGCACAAUCCCAGAUCUGGGAUGACCCCCGUGGAUACUAUUUCUGCAAUAUCGUGGCUGUCAGCCCCGAGGCGCAGGGAAGGGGGAUCGGGAAACUCCUCUUCGAGACGAUUACGAAGCGUGCGGAUGAAGAGGGGGUCAAGUGCUAUCUGGAGAGCUCGAAAAACGUGCCGAAUGUGCAGAUCUACGAGCGGAUUGGGUUUGAAAUGAAGAGUGAGAUGGAGUGUCGCGAUGGGGAUGAUGCUUGUAUGCUUUACUGCAUGGUUCGCAACCCCAAGGCCGAGUGA